AGAGAGUCAGUUCAAAGACAAAAGAGAAUGAGCAUAAAUUUAAAAAGUUAUUUUGCCUCUGUAUUGUCUGUGGUGGGGUCGUGUUGGUUAUUUGUCAAGCAAAAACCACAAAAAUACAUUUUAAAUUAUAAACCUAUCGCUAAAAGUUAUUGUGUUACAACAUGCCUGUUGCUGACGAGAUCCAGUCCUCAUGGGCUGACGAAGUAGAGAUCGACCAGGGAGCGCUGCCACCCCCGUCAGAGGUCGUCGAGAACGGACUCAAAAUUGUCACAGAAUACAAGUAUGAUAAUGACAACAAGAAAGUGAAAAUUGUUCGCACAUACAAAAUUGAAAAGCGAGUAGUGUCCAAGAGCAUUGCAAAGAGAAAGACAUGGAGCAAAUUCGGCGACUCUGCCUCGGACAAGCCCGGCCCCAACCCGGCCACCACCAUGGUGUCUGAAGACGUCUUCAUGCAGUUCAUCACCAGCAAGGAGGAGAGCACCAGGCCCGAUGACGGAGAGCUUGAUGGACUUAAGCCUCAAGCUAGCAGCGUGAUCUUCAAGUGCAGAACCUGCCAGGGGGAGCACUGGACCCUCAGCUGUCCCUUCAAGAACACGCAGCUGGCACAAGCCAAGGCCAGCGAGGCUGCCAAGACCGCAGAUGCUAAAGGCGGUGCAUCAUCAACGAACAAGUACGUGGCGCCGUUCAUGCGCGACGGCGGCGCGGGGCGCGGGAUGGGACGCGAGCCGCCGGGCGCUCGCCGCGAUGACAUCGCCGCCAUCCGCAUCUCCAACUUGAGCAACUUCGCCAUCGAGGCUGACCUAGAGGACCUCGUCAAGGGCUUCGGGCCACUGCAGAAGCUGUAUCUGGCUAAGGAGAAGAGCACUGGACAAUGCAAAGGAUUUGCGUAUGUGCACUUCAAGUUCAAGCCGGAUGCUGCGAAGGCCAUCCAGACCCUCAACGGUUAUGGUUACGACCACCUGAUCCUGAACGUUGAAUGGUCCAAGCCGCCACAGAACUAAAUCUACAAAUUAACAUUUCCAUCUUGUACCUAUUAUACAGUUUUGAAUAAAAUAUAUGUUUAAAUAA